AUGUACAGAUCGAAGGCAAUCUUGUCUUCUCUUCGAAACGCUUACUCAAAGAUCACGACGCGUUCGUAUCUAAUCCGAGCUCAGGUGGGUGUUUCCUCGUCUUCGCCUUUCGAUUCCUUUGCAAUCCCUAGUCGAUUUCCAUGGCAAUUCCGCUCCUUUUCUUCAAAACCAGAGUCUAUGCUUCAAUUAGUACUGGAAAACGAUUGGUCUAGGGAAGUAGAAGAAGGAUUGAGAAAACCCGAUCUGCCUUUAACCCACGAGACUGCAGUCUACGUCCUUAGGAAUUUAGACAAGCACCCAGAAAAAGCUUAUUGCUUUCUCGAUUGGGUUUUCAGAGAAUCAUUGCUUACUCCAAGCUCUCUACUUUACAGCACGAUGCUUAGGGUUUUAGUGCAGCAGAGGUCCAUGAAGCGAUUCUGGAUGACUCUGAGAGAUAUGAAACAAGGAGGGUUUUACAUGGACGACACAACCUAUAAGACCAUCUGUAACUUUCUCAAUAAAGAGGAUUUGAAAGCGGACGCUGCAGCUGUGGCUCAUUUCUACGAGAGAAUGCGUAAGGAGAACGUAACGUCUGCUGUUGCAGACGAUGUGUGUGCUGCUGUUUCGAAAGUGGAUUGGAGCUGUGAGGUUGAGAAGGAAUUGCAGGAGAUGAAACUAGCUCUCUCGGAUAAUUUCGUCAUCAGUGUGUUGAAGGGGAUAAAGGAGCAACCUUUGAAAGCUUUGGCGUUUUUCCAUUGGGUUGGUGGUUGUUCUUCAGGUUACAAACACAGCACCGUUACUUACAACGCGGCGUUGAGGGUUUUUGCGAGGGCUGAUUCGGUGGCAGAGUUUUGGAGCCUUGUCGAUGAAAUGAAAGCUGCAGGGCACGAGGUUGAUCUUGACACUUACAUAAAGGUUACAAGACAGUUGCAGAAGUCUAGAAUGAUGUUGGAGGCGGUUAGGCUUUACGAGUUUAUGAUGGAUGGUCCUUUCAAGCCAUCUAUUCAAGAUUGUAGUCUUCUGUUGAGGUCUUUAUCUGCUGGUCCUAGUCCGGAUUUGGAUUUGGUGUUUAGGGUGUUUAGGAAAUAUGAAUCUAGUGGGAGAUCUCUCUCAAAGGCUGUUUACGAUGGAAUCCAUAGGUCUUUAACCAGUGUAGGGAGAUUCGAUGAAGCUGAGGAGAUCGUGAAGGCUAUGAGGAAUGCUGGUUAUGAGCCUGAUAACAUUACGUACAGCCAGGUUGUGUUUGGGCUUUGUAAAGCUAAGAGAUUAGAAGAAGCUCGUGGAGUUGUAGAUCGAAUGGAAGGAGAAGGAUGUUUUGCUGAUAUAAAAACUUGGACUAUUCUGAUCCAAGGGCACUGCAAGAACAGUGAAGUCGAUAAGGCCUUUGCUUGCUUUGCGAGUAUGUUAGAGAAAGGGUUUGAUAUUGACUCUGAUCUGCUUGAUGUCUUGGUAGAUGGGUUUCUUAGCCAGAACAGGAUCGAGGGCGCUUGCAAGUUCCUUGCGGAGAUGGUGAGGAAUGCGAAUGUUAAGCCCUGGCAAAGCACUUACAAGAGUGUUAUAGACAAGCUGCUAGAGAUCAAGAAGUGCGAAGAGGCGCUGGAACUUCUUCAGCUGAUGAGGACGCAGAAUUACCCUGUGUAUGCAGAGCCUUUUGAUCGGUACAUUGCAAAGUUUGGGACUUUGGAAGACGCUAAGAAGUUCUUGGAUGUGCUAAGCUCGAAGAGUCCUCCUUCCUUUGCAGCGUAUUUUCAUGUUGUUGAAGCUUUUUACCGAGAAGGAAGACUCUCUGAAGCAAAAGAUAUUGUUUUCACGAGUCCCCAUCACAUUAAAACACACCCUAAGAUCACUGAACUCUUUGGUGCAGCUUGA